UUCGUACCUCGGAACUUGGGGGUCCUCGGAGAGUACUAUGGGGGCAGAUAGCAACCGUAUCCUCGGACUGAAGCUUUGGAGAUUGCUCACUGUCGUGCCAAAGCCCCGUCGCGCGCACUCGUGAAUGUGGGGAGCCCCGGACGCCAGGAGAGGUACGGCGUGCGUGUCCGGGGCCCGCAGAGUCACAGCCUUCCUUAGCUUGGAAUUGGCUCCUGGCUGGACUGGGUGCAGGGUCCUGUGCUCCGGAGAGCUCCCCAGGUUAGAUGCCAGCGCGCUGUUUCCUAGGGAGGUGGGCCUCCUCCCCAAGCGGAGGAGGGAUGCACCUUUGACCUCUCCAAGAGUCGGGUUGAGUGGGGAGACCUGGAGAAGGGACAAGAGUUCCAGGGGUUCAAUGCAAAGCUAGCUUCCCUCUGCCCACCAUUCCUUUAACUGCUUAAGGAAAAACUGCCUAGAAAAUCUAAUGGAUGAAGAUGAGAAGGACAGAGCAAAGAGAGCUUCUAGAAACAAGUCUGAGAAGAAACGUCGGGACCAGUUCAAUGUUCUCAUCAAAGAGCUCAGCUCCAUGCUCCCAGGCAACACACGGAAAAUGGACAAAACCACUGUGCUGGAAAAGGUCAUCGGGUUCUUGCAGAAACACAAUGAAGUCUCAGCACAAACUGAAAUCUGUGACAUUCAACAAGACUGGAAGCCUUCCUUCCUCAGUAAUGAAGAAUUCACCCAGCUGAUGUUAGAGGCAUUAGAUGGCUUCAUCAUUGCAGUGACAACGGACGGCAGCAUCAUCUAUGUUUCUGACAGCAUCACGCCUCUCCUUGGGCAUUUACCGUCGGAUGUCAUGGAUCAGAAUUUGUUAAAUUUCCUUCCAGAACAAGAACAUUCCGAAGUUUAUAAAAUACUUUCUUCCCAUAUGCUUGUGACGGAUUCCCCCACCCCAGAAUUCGUAAAAUCUGACAACGAUUUAGAGUUUUAUUGCCAUCUUCUCAGAGGCAGCUUGAACCCAAAGGAAUUUCCAACUUAUGAAUACAUAAAAUUUGUAGGAAAUUUUCGCUCCUACAACAAUGUGCCUAGCCCCUCCUGUAAUGGCUUUGACAAUGCCCUUUCAAGACCUUGCCGAGUGUCCCUGGGAAAGGAGGUCUGUUUCAUCGCUACUGUGCGUCUGGCAACACCGCAGUUCUUAAAGGAAAUGUGCAUAGGUGACGAACCUUUAGAGGAAUUCACUUCAAGGCAUAGCUUGGAAUGGAAAUUUUUAUUUCUGGAUCACAGAGCCCCUCCAAUCAUAGGAUACCUGCCCUUUGAAGUGCUGGGUACCUCGGGCUAUGACUACUACCACAUCGAUGACCUGGAACUCCUGGCGAGGUGCCACCAGCACCUGAUGCAGUUUGGCAAAGGGAAGUCGUGUUGCUACCGGUUUCUGACUAAAGGGCAGCAGUGGAUUUGGCUGCAGACCCACUACUACAUCACCUACCACCAGUGGAACUCCAAGCCCGAGUUCAUCGUGUGCACGCACUCAGUGGUCAGUUACGCAGAUGUCCGAGUGGAAAGGAGGCAGGAGCUGGCUUUGGAUGACCCGCCAUCAGAGGCUGUGCACCCCUCAGCACUGAAGGACAAGGACUCAAGCCUGGAUCCUCAGCAGCACUUCAAUGCACUUGACGUGGGCGCCUCAGGUCUCACCACCAGUCCUUCACCAUCAGCAUCCUCAAGGAGUUCCCACAAGUCCUCACGCACAGCCAUGUCAGAACCCGCCUCCACUCCAACCAAACUGAUGGCUGAGAACAGCACCACGACUUUGCCAAGAUCAGCAACCAUACCCCAAGAGUUACCAGUACCUGAGCUCAGCCAGGCAACCACCAUGCCGGCCCCUCUGCCUUCGCAGUCAUCCUGUGACCUCUCGCAGCAGCUGCUGCCUCAGACCAUUUUGCAGAGCACCCCUGCUCCCAUGGCCCAGUUUUCAGCACAGUUUAGCAUGUUCCAGACCAUCAAAGACCAGCUGGAGCAGCGGACGCGAAUCCUGCAGGCCAACAUCCGAUGGCAGCAGGAGGAGCUGCACAAGAUCCAGGAGCAGCUCUACCUGGUCCAGGACUCCAACGUGCAGAUGUUUCUGCAGCAGCCGGCUGUGUCCCUAAGCUUUAGCGGUGCCCGGCGGCCUGACACUCAGCAGCAGUUGCAGCAAAGGCCCACAGCAGCAUCUCAGCCCCAGCUUGUGGCCAGCUCUCAACUCCCGGGCCAGAUCACCUCUCCCCAGAUCACAAACCAGCAUCCACUCAGAGAAUCGAAUGUGGUACCCACCCAGGGUCUGAAGCCAAUGAGAAGCUCUCAGCUGAUGGCAGGAAGUGGCCGCUCAGUGAGCAGUCUGCAGGCCCAGUUCAGCAGCACCACAGCUGUGCUCCCUCCAGGUCUGAGCCUGACCAUGGCUGCUCCCGCCUCCCAGGAUGCCAGCCAGUGCCAGCCCAGUCCCGACUUCAGCCAUGAUCGGCAGCUCAGGCUGUUGCUGAGCCAGCCCAUCCAGCCCAUGAUGCCUGGGUCCUGUGAUGCGAGGCAGCCACCCGAAGUCAGCAGGACUGGACGGCAAGUCAAGUAUGCACAAAGCCAGGCCACGUUCCCAAGCCCAGAGUCCCACCCUGCCAGCAGCAGUGCUCCAACCCCUGUCCUGCUGAUGGGACAAGCAGUGCUUCACCCCAACUUCCCCACCUCCCAGCCAUCUCCCCUGCAGCCGGCACAGGCCCAGCAGCAGCCUCCACACUACCUGCAGGCGUCGGCGUCCCUGCACAGUGAGCAGCCCGACCCGCUCCUGCUCUCCACCUACCCGCAGCCCCCGGGGGCCCUGGGCUACGCCGCCCCGCCCGCGCCGCAGCAGCCCCCGCGCCCACCGCGCCGGGUCAGCCGGCUGGCCGAGUCCUCAGGCCUCCAGCAGCCGCCCCGAUAGUGCCCUGGCACUGACUUGGAGUUGGGACACAAUCAGCUUUAACCAAUGGAAGAGGGGUGGUCGUGGGAGAUGGGGAGCAGGUUCAGCUUUGGCGCCCCCCUGUAUACAUUUCAGAAGCCCUGGAUGGUAACGUGUCUGGAGUGCAGUGCUGACACAGUGGGAAAAGAACAGGAAUACUGGCCAUAUUUCCCUUGCCCUGAGGUUCCUGGGCACCCUCUACAGCCAUACCAGACAGGACCCAAGUGUCCCAUGCGGGGACAUCGUUACUCAAUCUAAGGAGUUGGUGCCCCUCGCUGCCAGGUACUUUAUAAACUGACACUGGUCCCGAGCCCUAGUUGGCCUUCACUCUCUGGAUGGUCUUGCCUUUAAAGCAUUCAAGGACCCAGAUAGAGAUCUUUGGAAAGAGAGAAUAAAGAGAUUAUUUUUCAUUAUUUUUAAAUGCUUGUUUUCAUCUUAAUUUGCACAGCUGCACAGAGGAAAGAACUUAGGCACUUUUUGUUUGUAAAAAUAAUAAGGUCUCCUGGCUUCAUCUGGAAACCACAGUAAUAAAAACAGCCCACCAGUCAGAAAGCAGAAGCUGGUUAUUAAUCAGGCUGCAGGUCCACACCCUUGGCCUAAACCCUAAUAGAAUGAGGCUCUUCACCCGGUGCCCUGCUGGUGGUGAUUUCCCCUCCUGAACUUGACACUGGACUAUUUCCUGUUUACUUCGUUGAUUGCAACUACAAAGGUGGGCUCUCAGCAAAGCACAACCUUGCAGCUAACGUUCCAGAAUUCCAGCACCACCUCUCAGACAAGGAGGAAGGAGGACACCACAUGUCUUUUCCUGAUAAGUCCCAGGAUUGGAUUUUCUUUUUCAAAAUGCACUUUGCUUUUUUUUUUUUUGUAUGUUUUGUUAUGUUGAGAUGUUUCUAAAGAGAAGAUUUUAUGUAAUUAUAAGAUGGAGUGUAGUGAAUUGUACAGCUGUUGUAAUAAUGACCUAUUUCUAUAUAAAAUAAAAUUGUACGGAUUAUGUGUAAAUUAUUUUGUAUCUGAGACGCCAGUUCCUUUCCCAAAUAUUAAAGUAUAAAAGUUUCCUUGUGUUUUUCUGUGAGUGGACAUUUUAUAAUAAAUUAACAAAUUUGUACAA